AGCGCCACUCUGGUGGAAGAGUGUCAUUGCAGGUGGUGCUACGGUUGCCAUGGUACGGCGUCGGUGGCUGUGGCAAACCUCAAGGCGUGGACUGAAAACGAAAAAUAGUAUCUGAACGCCCCAGACUGGCAAAAUUAGCCCGUGCUGCAGUAUUACUGUGGAUAAUUACAGGUCGACGCAUUCUGAAACGGCAGUCGUGACUGUUUGUUCCCAAAAAGGGCGGGUGGCUAUGCCAUCUUAUACAUAACGGUAGUAAAGCUUGCUAAAGUUCGUGCUAGUUAGCUUGCUAAUGGUCUGAGCUUUUUAGCUAACAUUAGCCAAGGGUUACAAAGUUAAACGUAAAUCCAACAACGCCAGCAAGAUUUUUUCAAAGUAAACGCGGAAACGGCAGAUUACAGCCAGGAGACUCCGAAUGAGAGAUUGUGACCCGGCCUCAGAGAGUUUCUCAGCCAACCUAACAGCGUUAUCAGGAACCUGGAGACAAUCAGAAAUAAUCACUAUGAAGACGAAAAAGAGGUGACUGGGAUAUGAUGUAUGUGAAUUUCUUCUCAAAGUGACAACAUGGAAUCUGAAAAUGCCACUGAGCUGCAUGAAGACAACCGGGAUGUUGAUCUAAGUCGCCAGUCCCUUCGGGGUACAAAGAAAGAUUCCCGAGGAUCAGCCUUCCAAAAACACAAAAAGAACUUCCAGGACAAGAAUGAGGAUGAAAAAGACAGCUGUGUUGAGAGUAGAUCGAAAACCAGAACCUGGCAUUCAGACCCUGAUCGGGACCAGAUAUCCGAUGGAGAGAGACGGAGAAGUAGUGGGUCAUUUUAUUCAGAGGACUAUGAGAAUGAGUCUCCUUCAGAGAGUUCACUCUCACCAUACUCCCGGUCCCGGACUCCAUCCCCUACUCCUCAAAAAGGGGUGCGGGCAAAGAGGAUUUCUACCAGCCCAGUCUACAAGACAGUUGUAGGGCGACGGGGUGUGCCCCGCCCACAGCGUCUAGGUGGCCAACCCCUGACCCAGCAUCAAUGCAGGGGAGUGCGAUCACAAAGCAAGGACUCCACACCCCCGAAAGACAUGGACCUCGUGACCAAGCGGAUGCUUUCGGCCCGCCUGCUAAAGAUCAAUGAAUUGCGUAAUGCUCUUGCUGAGCUGCAGCAGCGUACUGAUGAGCUGCAGAAGGAAAACCGAAUCCUCAGACAGCUUCAGGUUCGUCAAGAGAAAGCCCUGCAGCGCUACGAUGACACAGAGAGUGAGAUUUCCCAGCUCUUGUCGCGCCACUCCAACGAGACCCACGUGCUGCGCGAGCGGCUCAGGCGCACUCAGGAGCGGGAACGGGCAGCUGAGCGGAGGGUGAGGGACAGCGAGGAGCAGCUGCAAAGGAGUCAGGCGACCAUCGCCCGGCUAAAGAAGCUGGUCGACCGGCGAGAGUUAGGAGCCAGAGAUGAGCUAAGCCGCAGGCUGGAGGAAGAGAAGGCACGGGCCCAAGAGGCAGAACGCAGGAUUAAGGAGCUGGAGCGUAGCAUAGAGCUGAUUAACAGCAGUUACCAGAGGCAGUUGGCUGCAGAGAGGAAGAAAACCAUCAGUGCCCAGGAGGAGAUUAGGACCCUGCAGGAGGAGCUGGAACGACUGACCAAUAAACUUAAGGAGAAGGAGAGAGAACUAGACACCAAGAACAUUUAUGCCAACCGCAUGGUAAAAGCCUCACUAAGAAAAGAUACUGACAGUAGCACAAAGCAGAAAGUUCCCAGCAGGAACAGCACCAAGGCAGUGCAGACUGAAGACAGGGUGUCCAGUCUGGAUUUCCCCACACCUCCCCCCGCCAUCACUGAUGCCAACGAUUACAGUGAACAGGGACCUGAUGAAUACCUAUCACUCAAGUCGUUCUGUCAACAGGAGCUUGACAGAGUGGACAGACAGGCAGAGACAAAAGACAGGCAUCAAAACUGCGAACAGCAGAAGAUGAGAGACAAGGAAAAACACAGAGAAAGGGAGAGAGAGCAGGAGAGGGAGAAACAGCAGCUCAACCAGGAGCUGAGUGUGCUUGAAGAGAAGGCGAAGAGACUAAGAGACGGCUGGGAGAAAGAAAUGGAGGAAGAAGACAAAAAGAAGACAAGUUCCCUGUUGAACCCGAAGGAGGAAGAGAACAAGAGGAAGCGUGGUCAUGUCCAGGAGGAGGUGGAGAGGUGGAACCAGGAGGUUCUGGCUAAUCAGCAAGCAGCAGAGGAAGCACGCCGUAAAAAAGAGCAGCUGCUGGCUAAGAUGCAUGAAAUAGAUCGUCAAAUCCAGGGAGCCCAGGACUCCAUGUUUGCUGAGUUGAGUCCCUCUGAGACCAACAAGAGUACCAGUGACCAUUCUUCUCCUCGUCCUCCUGAGCAGAGGAACCAUAACUCUUCAGUUUUCAGCCACACAGAGCGAGAGGACUCGUCCAGUUUGCGUGCUGGUGCUGGAAGCAGAGAAGGUGGAAGGAGAAGACCAGGCAUAGAGGGUGGAGCAGUUACAACAGGAAUUGGCAGAAGAGCACUACGCACCCAAAUCUCCAGUGACGACUUGGCAUUUGGAAGCUACGCGCCUUCUUUCGGAAAUUCACAUUCCCGAGGGUGUUCUGGUUUCCCUCCACCUCCACCCAAAGAGGACAGGGACUCUACAUUUGAAGCAAUAGGUGUUUUUAGUCUCAGAGAGUUGGAGACAGAAAAAGAUAAAGACAUGGAAAAAGGAGGGGGCAAGGACAGGAAGUCUAGCCUCAUGCAACAGUUAUUUGGUGCCCUGGCCACACCUGCUGGCGACAGUGUGAGCACCUCCAAUAAAAUGGAGGUCCUCAGUAGUCCUCCAACUACCAAUGGAGUACGUUCAAGAAGGGAUGGACUGCUCAGCUUCAACUCAGGGUCUUCCACUCCUCCAGUAUCUUCUUUAAGCACCCUAAAUGUAGCAGAUAGCCGACCUGCCAUCCGUGCCAUCACCUCAUUUGAUGAUGACAUAGAGGAACUGACUUUAUGAAAGUAAUUUAGAUCAGAGGUAGUCAGUCUCAUGUUGGGCCGUCAUGAGACACCGUGGAGUGAUUUCCAAAAUAUAAGAAUCUGAGUGAUGAACUACUUCUACAAAGGCUGAACACUAUUGAUUUCCCGAUUAAAAAAAAUCAAACAUUAUCAACAAAAUCAAACAUAGAGGGAAAGAAACUUUCUGCAAAGUAUCUAAAAUACUAUAUGACUAUAGACAUUAUUUAACCUGUGUAACUGUCUUUAAUGUUUCAUCAUGUAGAAAAUGUCUAAUUGAAGGUGGUUUUCAAGCAUUCAUGUGACUGCCUCUACAGGAAUUUUAAUACUAGUUGCACUUAUGACACUUUUAUUUGUUGCACUUGUUAAAUCUGAAGACGUUUCACUGGUUGCAGUGCGGAUUUCCAAUCGGAAUGUGACUGGUAGAUCAUCUGAGCAAUACAAAGUCGGCAGAGCCACGGCACACAGGAACGCUGCAUCUGGAACAUGUGUCUAAUAAACACACAGACCCAGCGCACAGGCAAUACAGACACACUGAAACUCGAUGCACAUUUCUUUACAUUUCAAAUUUCAGCACUUUGCCAUAUUUUGUAGUAGUAAUAGUUAGAGGCUGCUGUUAUUAUUGGUUGGAUAGGGAUCCUGUAUUUUUGUGUGUGUGUUUACCACUAAGCGAUAUGACAGCCAUGCUAUGUGUAAACUGAUUGCUGAAUGUCUGACAAUUACACAAAGCAGGUUAUUUUGCAACCUUAUAAAAAUGGCAAAUUUCUGCAGGUUUACGACUUUCAAUAUUAGGGCUGAUUCUAUUAAAUUUUAGUGGGAAAAUGUCAGUGACCCCAUAGAAAAUGAUAUUAUGUUGAAUAAUCAACACCAUGUUAAGCUCAGUGAGUGGUAGUGUAGUUUUUUGUUUAAUCUAGCAUAUGUUUUGUAUUAAGAAAGAUCACCACCACCAAGAUAUUUGGUGGUUUAUGGCUGUUUUUAGUAGUGCCACCGGAAAUUCAGACCCCCUAACACCAGCUCACUUGUGGCUCCUUAAACAGUGAAUAUCUAUGACUCCUGGCAUGUUGUCCCCUGCACUAUGUCCCAUGCGAUGGCAGUAUGACACUGACCAGACAAUCAGCACUAAAAGAAACCACCAGUGGCUGUAAGAGAGGCUACCUGUUGAGUCUCAACAAUAUAGAAGUGAAUAGAAAAAAUGUUACAUUUUUAAUCGCUAUUUAUUUAGUUAUGUUGUAUUCAUAAAAAUCAAGAUUCCGUAAUAAAAAAUUACCGUAGUUCCCUUUAGCAGCGCUUACCACAAG